UAUUCUAUAUUGAUGACCCACAGCUGACUCAUGCAACAGUUGGUAGUUAAAAGACUACUGUCUUUAUCUGCUUGCCAUGACCAUCUUCCAUCUGCAACUUCAAAACACUUGUCUAAAAUAAAGCAAAGAAAAUCUGUAAUUAGUAAGAUGAACAAACUUGGAGAAAGGAUGGACUGUCUUGCACAAGGCAUCCGCGAGCACGUGAGCCUUAGUCCGAAGCUAACGGAAACUGUGAAGGGAAAAUUGAGCCUUGGAGCAAAAAUUCUUCAAGUAGGAGGGUUAGAGAAAAUAUUCAACCAGAAAUUUAGUGUUAAAUAUGAUGAAAAGCUAUUGAAUGUUUGUCAAUGCUAUUUAUCAACUACCGCUGGUCCAAUAGCAGGCCUCCUCUUCAUCUCUACCGAUAAGAUUGCUUUCUGCAGUGAGAGAUCGAUAAAGUUCUUAUCUCCAACUGGGAAGUUGCUUAGAAUCUACUAUAAGGUAUCAAUCCCAAUAAGUAAGACGAUGAAAGCAAAAGAGAGUGAAAAUAGGGAAAAGCCAUCACAAAAGUAUAUACAAGUUAUCACAGAGGAUGAUUUUGAGUUCUGGUUUAUGGGAUUCCUGAAUCAUCAAAAGACUCUGAGAUAUCUGCACCACGCAAUUUCAAGCAGCUAAGAAGACAAUAUAUUUUCCUUUCUUUUUUCAUUUUUUUUCUUAUUACACCCGUUCAUCAAUGUCAAAUGUUGAUGCAAAAUGAAUGUACAGAUCUCUUCAAUCUUGUAAUUAGUUCCAUUGUUCAAAGGAGAUUUUAGGUUUCUAAAA